UCGUGUUUCGAGCGAUGCGGAGUGUGCCGUUCUAAAUAGCAUUCGCGAAGGAGCUGCGUGCGGGGGGGACCGAAGCCGAGCUUUAUAAUAACGGGGUAGCCGUGACAGCGACAAAAAUCACCCAAGCACCGGAGUCACCUCGAAGCAGUGCGAACGAAAGAAACGAGACGCCGUCAGUGAAACAAGGGUGUCGGCGGCGGCUCGGCUGAGCCGCGGCCGGCGACGACGGGAUCAACGACGGCAACAACGCCGGGACGACAACAUCGUUAUGUCAAAGACGACGACGAGAAGUACGUCGAGCUGUUGCGGUACACCGUAGUGGCGAGGACACCGCCGGCGGCAGCCUCGAAGCUCGCGAGCCAUGGGCAAGAAGGGCGCCAAGCGCAAGACGCGCUGGAGGACCUUCAGCAUUGGCACCCCACCGGGAGACGAGGACGAGGAGGAAGGAGAAGGAGUAGGGACCGGCGUUCGCAACGGUUACGGGCAAUCGAAGCACCACCAGCACUACUCGGGCGAGCGCAGGGAGCGUAGCAGCAGCAGCCACCACAACGGCUACGGCCCCCCAACCUCGGGCGGUUGGCUGAAGUCGCGCCACGGCAGCGCGGGCAGUUGCAGCAACGGUAGCAGCGGGAGCAACAACGGCCACCAGAGCGCCGCGGGCAGUACGACCAGCGGGUACGCGAGCGGUGGUUCGCGCUCGCGCCGCGACGACUCCUCCGCGAAUGGCUACUCGCCCGGGUACGGAGCAGGUGCCGGUCGGCAAAAGAUCGUUUUCAACGAGGACGAGUACACGAGGAUCACCACACCCCGGCAGGACAUGCUCUUCAAGAAGAGCUACCUCGCCCAGAGGAAGCCCUGGACCAGCGGCGCGGCCAGCAUGAGCGCCACACCCUCCACCGCCGAGAGCCAGUCGGCGUCCCACUCGACCGCAGGUAGAGAUGGCAGCGAGGCGGCGGAGGAUCAGCAGCUGCUUGACGGCAACGUGGUCGGUGAGAUGGUAAUGGAGCCCCCGCCCCCGUUGAGCUACGGCACCUACUACGAUCACGCGAGUGGCUAUUACUACGAGUGCCCGAUGAUGCUGGUGGGCCCGGCCGUGCCCGAGCCCCUCGCUCCCAACGUGCUCGCGGCCAUGCCCUGCGGCCCCGUGCCCCUCCGACCCAUCGAGUGGGUCAAUCCAGCCUUCGUGCCAAAACUCGCCUCCCAACAGUACUGCUACAUGGAUUACCAGGCGGCGCAGGGACCGGACUGCGCGGCCCUGGUGGAUACACAAGGCGUGCCGUUGAGCAUGGCAGAGCCCACGGUCGUGUCAUCCGCUGCGGUAAUGACACCGGCAACGACGAACGGACUGAGCCAUCACGAGCUCGACAGCGUCUCGGACUCGCUAAUCGUCGAAUCCGCGAACGGUGACGCGCAGAUGGUGGACGAGGAGACUAGCCUCGUUGAUAAUAACGGCGUCGUCACCGACGACUCCUGCCACCAUCAAUUUAUCCCAGAGGCUGAGCAACCGCUGGCGGAGCUCCAGGAGUUGUCGGAGCCAUUGGCCACGACCCUCGAGACGUACGAGGUGCUGGAGCCGCCCGAGGGUCUGGAAUACGUGCCCGAGGCCGUCGAGUACGUGGAGACACUGCCGGCCCAGCCGAUCCACCUCGGACACCACGUGGUGCCUCAGCCCCUCGGCCAGCCCUACAUCUAUCCGGGCCAGUACAUGUUCGGGCCCUCGGUGAUCAACGUCAACGGCGUCACGAUGCAAAGUGCGCCCAUGCUCAGGUACAGCGACGUGAUGGCGAGCUCUGCGGAUGUGGCUUGCAUCAAGCGCAGAAGAAAGAAAAAGAAGAAAAAGCAGAGGCGUAUACCCGGUAACAUGGACGAGGACGAGGAAUUCAGUUCGGAGGGUGAAAACGGCUACUCAUGCCCCCGAUCUUCAUGGACUGUGGCUGCGACGACCACGACGACGCUGGAUUUCAACAGUGGCAACAACAUCAGCCGACCUCUGAAUCCGGAGUGUCAAGAGUUUCACUUGCGCAGCCCCGAGUUGGAUGUCUACGACGACCCCGGCUCGGAGAGCCACGUUUUGGCCUUCGAAGAGUGCACUUCCUCGCCCCUGCCGGUUGCCGAAAUGAACGGCAAUGGCGAGCAACUACUCUCCGAAGGCCACGAGUCCCAAGUGGUUCCGGUGCUCGAGAACCACACCAACAACGAACUGAAAAGACUGACCGACGAAGAGCCGAGAGCAACAACAGCUACCCCCGAAGACGAGGUGGCGGCGAACGGAGUCACGCCUCUGACGAACGGUGACCUCGCCGAUGAGGUGCUGGCAAACGGUGACUCGCAAAGACUGACCGAGAGCCCCGAGGCACGACUCUCCCUCGAUAGUUGUAGCAGCAGCAGUAGCAGCAGAAGUAGCAGCACGGCUUCGCCCAGCCGAGCCAAGUACAACGCCAAAACGCUCAAGUACGUGCGCGAACCAACGCCCGGGCCGGAACUCGAGCUAACGCCUGAGCCCGAGGAAUCACCGAGCGUAGCUCUGGCAAAUGGUGCCGAGGACGAAGAAAGGUCCGUCGACGACGUUACGAACAUGAUCAACUCUGCGACCAUCGUCGAGGCGCAAGCAAUCUCAAAAGAUGGGGAUCUGGAUAUCUGUCAGACAUGGAUUAACGAAAGCUCAAUCACCUUCGAGAGUUGUUGUAACGAGAACAACAGAGCAACUACGACGACGACGAUGACGACGACGGGGACAAAGACGAUAACCGAUACAGCUGUGGCACAACCGGCAAUCGAUGAAGACUCUGGCAUCGAGAGCCAACCUAAGCCUACCGAGGUAUCGGGUCGGCCGAUCUCCGAUGCGGUCAACGAGUGGCUCAAACGAGUCAAUUCGCCGGACCUUUUUAUCACUUCCUCGGCAACAAAUGAUAUCGACGAUGAUGACGAUGACGAGGAGGACGAGGAGUUGGACGCAGCGGUGAGCAACGAGCCGUCAAAAAACUUGCAAGGCAACCCCAUGCCUGCACUAUCUGUUAAUGGCGUCGCCGAAGAGCGCGAGCCUAGCCGUGGUAAAUUCGUAAGCCCCGACCAUCGGGCUGGAGUUGACGAUGACGAGCUGCCAGUAAAUGUCUCGUCGAAGGGAAAAGUCAGAAAUUUUAAAGGUGCCAAGAAGAAAGAUGCCAAGGGUCACAGGUGCAACGCCAAGGAUCUAGAUGAUUCAUGCGUGGAGCGGGCAAACAAAUACGCUGUGGCACAAGAUCAUACAUACAUUUCUGUCACCAUGAUCCCUUUCACGAAGACAUCAAGAAUUCCAUUGAAAAGGAAGAUUGACGAGAGUUGCGAAUUUACCGACGAGGAUAGCGAUGCGGGUAUGAGGGUUGCUAAAAAUUCUCGGAUCAAUGCGAAAAGAGCGAAAGGGGAGUUUGAUUCGCAAGAGGAUGAUUGCAUGUGCAAACGAAUCGGAGACGUAGUGGCGGUGAAAACAUUCGAAAAAGGCGAGAUUGUAGUUUCGAUGGACGGUGAGUUGCUGCUCGUUGCGCCUACGCUAGACGAAAAGAUGAAAAAAUGUGUUGAUGAAGAAGUCAAACGAAAAAACAGUAACAGCACAGCAGAAGACGAGCGCGAACGCUCUUGGGGCAGUAUCGAGGAACCGGAUGUCCUCGAAUACUGGGAGGCAGAAACAGUCGAACCAGUGAUGACUCUGCAAAAAAUGUUACAGGAUGAAUCGAUUGAUGAUGAUUUGCUUAUGAAUAAGGAUGAUGAAAUGGUAUUCGAUAGAAUGGAGCAUAUCCAAAUGUAUUACCGAUUGCAGGUCGUCGAGGACGAGUCCAGCGAUAGUAACGCAGCUUCGAAUGAUGAAGAUUCGAGCGCUGCGCCAAAUAUAUAUUCCGAUCAAACUACUGAAAGUAUUUCCAGCUUGGAAGAGAUAGAAAUGAGGGUGACUGAAAUUAAGGCAAAGAGUAUUGGAGACGAUGGGUCCCGAGUGCCAAUCGAUGAGGCAUUUGAAGCUUACGAGAGCUGUUACACUGACAGGUCUUUUCCUUUUGCAGCAAUCAAUGGAAAAUUCGACAGAUCCCAUUUAUUCAAUCGAGAUAGGGAAGGCGCUGUACCUUGCAAGGCAGUAUGCUGCAAUAUUCAAUGACCAAAGGAGUGUUUUCGUAAUCGCCGUCCUUUGCUAUUAUUUACACGAUGAUAAAUAUUUGUUACGGAUUUAGUCAACAGCCGAUUGAUGCUGUGUUAUAAUAUCGAUAAAAUAGUUAAGAAAAACUGGUGGCUUUUAAUAUUAUUUUGGGACUUUUUGAGGAAAGAAACUUACGAUUCGAACUUAAGUUUCAAACAAUCUGAAAAAAGUCUAUCAAGAGGGUGGUGAAAUAUAUCAGUUUCCUUGAGCAUUCACUCCGAGUAUAUGUCAUGAAGAAAUAAGACGAUUAAAAAGUGUUGAAUGGUAAAUUGACAAAAAUUUUGUGUUCCAAUGAGCUUUGCGUUUGUAAAUAGCAUAUCAGCGUUUUCACCUGCAAAUCACAAUGAAGUCCUUUGAUACAGCAUGCGAGUAAUGUCUGUAUUAAUAGUUUUAGUGCAUAUACCAUUAUGCAGUGGCGAUAGAUUAUUAUAACCAUUUUCUUAGCUCUUCAUAGAAUUUUUUUUUUUUUUUUUCAUAUUUCAUAUUUCUUUAGCUCUUUUAAGAGACGAUUUUGAACAAUGUCUGUCAAGGUUCCUAAUUAUUAUUAUUGUUAUAUUACUGUACUACUUGAUUUUUUGGCUACACCAAGUUAUAAUUAAGUAGGUAUUUUUGAGAAGCAAACUGUGCUCAUUUAUAGUUGUUUCAUCAUUCAUCAAGAUUCACUUUGGUGUGAUUCUCUUAGAUGUGAUGAUAAUUAAAUUUAUAAAUAUUAAAAAUGAGUAAAAAAAGUACUCAGCAACAUCUUGUUACAUUGCUUGGGGCAAAACAAAUUGCAGAGUUAGUGAUGGGUCUAACUUCCGUAUGAUACAGUUUGACAUUUUUGUUUUGAUUUUCAACACAUAACUGUAGUUAAAACAAAAAAUGAACAAAGAAAACAAAGCGAAAUGUUAGAAGCUAGUCGGUGAAGGCUGACAAAAAUAAAAAAAUACCAAAGUGGCGUAUUUUUAUGAUUGUUAUCGUUCUUGUUAUUGGUGAUCUGAAUAUAGAAAGUGUGAUUGAGGCUAACAUAGUUUUUUUUUUUUUUUUUCUAAUAAACUGUUCAAAACAAACGUGUGUUCCCAAAGAUCGUUAGCGCGAACAAACACGCGCCUGCGCUAUCGUCGAUAUGAGAUAUAAUAUGUUGUUAACGAUUCAUCUCAGCUUUGACAAUAAUUAACCAGCUGCUUUUGAUUACGAUUAAAAUUUAUUUGUGAAUAUUUACGUUACCAAAGUUUGCACGCAGUAAACGCAUGAUAAAUUUUAGAUUACUUGAUGAAUUUUUUCUUUUAUUACAUCCAAACAAUGUAACUUUGCUAGAAUUUUAGACAUUAAUAUUUCGUGCAUUUUAAAAAGCUUAGUAAUCUUAGAGGUACAUAAUCAAGCUAAACUUGGUAAAAAUUCAAACGACUAAAGAUUAAAAAGUGCUGCAAAAUAAAGUAAAACUGCAAGGAAUGAAUAAGUGGAAGGUAUAUAGUUAUUGUGUAAGCGAAUCAUGUAUAUAGAAACAGUAUACGUGCUUGUUGAAAAAUGUACAGAAAUCGGAUAAAAAGUUCAUAAAAUACAAAUACACAGUCACAUUUGCGCAUGCAUAUAGUUAUGUGGUAGGAGGUAGCGUAUAUCAUUACCCAUAAAAAUUUAGUGCGGCGUAAUUUACGAAAACGUAAAAAACAUGCUAAAAUAUUGAUAAAAAAAGGAACAUUAGCUCAUGUUAACACAAUUGAAAUAUUAUUAUCACAGGUAAGAACACUUGUUACUGACAAUUAAUAUUAUUGACACCGCAGCAUGUUGGGGAAUAUGUCGUUGGGUCCGACGGAUCGGAAUGGCGCGCAAUGAAGAUAUCAAGGAUCAAAACGAAUAGCGAUAGCGCAGGACACUUUGCAUCUUGUAUCUCAUCAUAAAAUGUUGUAAAUACGGCUGAGACCUCAAUCUCUCUCCGGAAAAAUCAAGUCAGACCUAUAAACGUACCCUACCUAUUCAUAUAUAUACAUGCGUUUUUCACUCCAUAUCCUCUUGUCAGAAAGUUUUCCGCAUCGUCUCCAGUCUUACACAAGCCAUGGCGCACUUCUUUCUUGUGUAUACUCGGUUAUAUUAUUAUUAUAUUGUACCUUUUUCGUUUUUUUAAAAAAUGACUAAGACGAUUAGGAAAGUGCUUUAUGUUACGAUUGUGUGUACAAAUAAUAGUAAUGAUAAUAAUAAUAUUAAUAUGGUAAUAAUA